AUGGCUCGUUUGUUCAUUUUUGCGGUUGGGCUAUUGCUAUUUGCUAGUGUUUGGUCAUCGUCAUUAAAUGUAGAUGGUUCAUCAAAGCGUUUAUUAGUAUUACUUGAUAAUUUGGGAUUACGAGAGUCACAUUCAUUUUAUUUUAAACAAUUAAAAGAUCGUGGAUAUUCCAUAACAUUUAAAACAUCGGAUGAUAGCAGUCUACAAAUUGUUAAAUAUGGCGAAUAUCUUUAUGAUCAUGUUAUUGUCUUUGCACCAUCAACCAAAGAAUUCGGUGGCCGUUUGGAUGCUGAAGUUUUAACUCAAUUUGUUGAUGCUGGUGGUAAUGUUCUUGUAGCAGGCAGUAAUACAGUUGGUGAUGUUAUUCGUGAAUUUGCUAGUGAAUGUGGUAUUGAAUUUGCUGAUGAUAAAAGUGCCGUUGUGGACCAUCUUAAUUAUGAUCUUAGUGAUGAUGGACAACAUACAUUGAUUGUCGCCAGUCCAAAUAAUCUUCUUUCGUCAGAAUUAAUUGUUGGACAAGCAAAGAAAAAUAAUUUGCCAUUUCUUUUCCGAGGCACUGGAAUGUCAUCCGAUCCAGAAAAUCCAUUACUGCUCGAUGUUUUAACUGCUUCAUCAACAUCAUAUACAGCUAAUCCUGAUGAAAAAACACUAUCUGAAUAUCCAGCUACGGUUGGUAAACGAACAUUGUUAAUAUCUGUUCUUCAAGCUCGUAAUAAUGCUCGUGUUGGUUUUGUUGGUUCAUUGGAUUUCUUCAGCAACGAUUUCUUCCUUAGUGCAGCUCAACCAAAUAAUGGAAAGAAAUCUGAUAAAUCUGGCAAUCAAGAUUUAGCUGUUGCCUUAACCGAUUGGUUAUUUAAACAACGUGGUGUUUUGCGUUCAAGAAAUAUUCAUCAUUAUUUAAAGAGUGAUAAGUCAACACCUAGAUUUUAUACUGUUAAAAAUGAUAUUGUAUUUAAUGUACAAUUCGAUGAAUUUGUUCAUGGAAAAUGGAUGCCAUUUAAUGGAACAGAUGUUCAAUUAGAAUUUGUCCGCAUUGAUCCAUUCGUACGAACAACGUUGGCUAAUAAAGGUGGCCAACUUGAAGCACAAUUCCGUGUUCCAGAUACCUAUGGUAUCUUUAAAUUUGUUAUUGAUUAUAAUCGUGUUGGCUAUUCACAUUUAUACUCAGCAACACAAGUUUCUGUUCAUCCUUUACUUCAUACGGAAUAUGAACGAUUUAUAACAUCGGCUUAUCCAUAUUAUAUAUCAACAUUUUCAAUGAUGGCUGGUGCUUUUCUUCUUAGUUUUCUUGUGCUCUAUCAUCGUGAUGAUUUACCAAAGAAGAAAGCUGAAUAA